AUGCAGGGGAGGUCUGGAAGUGGUCUCUCUGGCAUCUGCACUAUGCUAUUGCAUUGCUCUUCUAUCUGUCUUUAUCACCGUUCAUCGCUAUGGCCUGUAGCAACGGAAGGAGGAUUUAAAAUGACAGGAAAUAUUGGGUUUGGAGCGAGGCAGAUGAGCCCGAAAAUAGAGAGACGACCGUACCGACGAAGAAAGCUUGGUGGCCGGAGCAACGUAAGGUGGAGGGGAGGGGCGAAAGGAGCUCGUUCGUCGGGUGCAGCUCGAAAGGUCAAGGUGCAGUUCUUCAAUUGCGGGCAGUUUGGAGCGUUUUACGGAGUGAUAAUUGAAUUUCUGGGGCAGGGGAUGGCGACGCUGCAGAUCAAAGACGACACGGGAAGGGGUUCUCGUCAGCAGCUCGUGACGUGUUGA